AUGGCUACGGAGGUGAGGACCCAAUUGGCUGAGCAUCCGCUGAUGAGUCCAACGGCUGAGCUGAAGGCUGAGAAGUCAGAGCACAGGCCCAGAAGCCACGAGGUCGACAGGCCGCAGAAGGAACUGAUGGUCCCAAGGAUCGUGGAUUUCAAGGUGAUCCAAGAAGAAUUGAGGACCCCCAAGCCCCAAGCCCCUGGCACCUACCGCUUCGGUCGCCUCAGCCACCACUCCUUCUUCUCCCGGCAUCACCCCCACCCACAGCGUGUGACCCACAUCCAAGAUCUCACCGGGAAGCCCGUCUGUGUCGUCAGGGAUAAGUUCCCUCUGGCUCCCUUGUCUCAAGCCACUCUCUUAUCCCACCGUCUGAUGGGGAUGCCCACCAUCUCCGUCCCCGUUGGAGACCCGCAGUCCAAUCGGGACCCCCGGCUUUCUUCUGAAGCCUGGAAGAAGGAGUUAAAGGACCUGGCUUCCCAGGUGGUCACCUUCACCAAGGAGAAUGAGCUGAAGAACAAAGAGGUGGAGGAACAGAAGGAGCCUCAACGGGAGCAGGGGGCAAAGUACUCGGCAGAGACCGGGAGGCUCAUCCCUGCUUCCAGCCGAGCGCUCAGCCGCCGCCAGUCCCGCCAGGGCCGAGGGAACUAUCCUUCUGGCAGAGAUGGAGGAGUCCAGGCCUAUGUCCUGCAGGAUCAGGAGCUGCUGAUCUUGGAGCUGCUCUGUCAGAUCCUGCAAACAGACUCCUUGAGUGCUAUCCAGUUCUGGCUGCUCUACGCUCCUCCCAAGGAGAAAGACUUGGCACUGGGGCUCCUGCAGGCAGCAGUGGCUCAGCUGUUUCCCCAGGCUCUGGUCUCCAUCCCAACAGAAAAACUCCUGAACCAGCUCAAAGAAGUCCAAGAGCCACCUCAAGAAAGGCAGCAGCCACCCUACAGCCAGUCCCUGAAGAUUUCAAAGACAACACCUCUACCAAAAAGCGAAAAACCAGAGCACAUUGGAAAAGCACAAGUUCUGCGGAUGCAUUCAAACCAGAACGCAGAAGAGAAAACGUCAAGCCCAAAGGCAGAGUGAUGAGGAAUCUGCGCUGUUCUACCUGCCCUGCUCUAGAGGCAGCCCAGAGUUCAC